AUGUUCUCAUCAUUUGCUGACGGUAUGCAUCCACAUCAACAUUUUCCACUUAUGCAAUUAUCUGAUCGACAACAAAUGCAAAUUCCAACUGGUUAUCAUCCACAACAACAACAACAGGCACCAUUACCACAUAUGAUGCCACAAGCACAACAAGUCCAUCAUUUAAUUCCACAAUCACAAGCAGCAUCAACACAAAAUCGUGAUCAUCAUCAGCAUUCUCAUCCAGCUAAAGAAAUGAAUAAACCAAAAGGUCGAAUGAGUGCAUAUACAUUUUUUGUACAAAAAUGCCGAGAUGAACAUAGAAAAGCUUAUCCAAAUGAGAAUGCUAAUUUCAGUGAAUUCUCAAAGAAAUGUGCCGAAAAAUGGAAGACAAUGACUGAUACAGAAAAAUCCAAAUUUGCUGCACAAGCUGAAAUAGAUAAACAGCGAUUUGAACGUGAAAUGGCUGCUUAUCAACCCGGUGAAAAACGAAAAAAGAAAAAAAAAGAUCCAUUGGCACCAAAAAGACCAUUAUCGGCAUUUUUUCAUUAUUGUAAAGAAGAACGUCCUAAAUUAAAAGCAUUAAAUCCAAGUUUAUCUGUUGGUGAAAUAGCAAAAGAAUUAGGUGAUCGAUGGAAUCGUACAGCACCUGACGGAAAACUAAUUUAUGAAGAAGCAGCACAACGAGAUAAAGAAAGAUAUGAAAAAGAAAUGAAUGAUUUUAAAUCAGCUAAUAAAAAAGCAGCGAAAUUAAAUUCAUCAUCUCAGGCAUUAGCACAACAACAACAAACUCACCACUCCGAUCAACAAGUCAGAAUACAUCAAGAUUCACAACAACAACAACAGCAACAGCAACAACAACAACAACAGCAGCAACAACAACAACAACAACAACAACAGUACUCUCCUGUACCAUACCAAUUACCGCCGUUCAAUCCAAUGCAAUCUUUUCAACCACAAGUUCAAAUGCAACAAUUUCAAGCAUUACAACAACAACAAUUACAACAACAUCUUCAACAUCAAACUUACCAAACUUUAACAACAGCUAAUACAAAUUCAGCAAAUAAUAAUAAUAAUAAUAAUAAUUCAAAUAAUAAUAAUGGUGAACAACAACAUGAUGAUGAUGAUGAUGAUGACGAUGAUGAUGAUAAUGAAUCUGAAGUUGAAGAAUAA